AUGGACUCAGUAACUUACUUACUAAAACGUUCGGGCAAUGAAGCCAUCAGGGUCAACCCCCCCCACGAUGUCGACUUGCACAUCACCAAGAGAGGGUCCGACUGGCUGUGGGCCGCGUUCGCCUGUUUCGGGUUUUUGAUGGUCAUCUACAUCUUCUUGUUCUUCCUGGCCGAGAUCAGAAAGUCCAAGAAGUUGACCAAGUACGCCCUGGCGGCCCCUCUGCUAAUCUCCAUGUUCGAGUUCUUCGGUUACUUCAUCUACGCUUCUAACCUGGGUUGGACUCCAAUCAGAGCCGAGUUCCACCACGUCACCGUCGACCGUUCCAUCACAGGCGAGUCGCCAGCCGUCAGACAGGUCUUCUACUCCAAGUACGUCGUCUGGGUGCUAUCAUGGCCAGUGUUGCUGUUCCUGCUUGAGUUGACCAGCAGCACUACCACCAGCUCCAUUCAGGACGACUUCUCCACUUUCGACAUGAUCCACUCCCUUAUCGUUCAAAUCGUCGGUACCAUCUUCUGGGUCGUCUCCCUGUUGAUCGGUGGUCUAAUCAGGUCCUCGUACAAAUGGGGGCCAUGGACCUUCGGCUGUGUCUCCAUGCUUGUCGUCCAGGGGCUGCAGUGCAAGAGAUUCUUCUUUGACUUCAAGUUGAGAGGGUUCACCGCAAUCAUGGUCCUAUUGUCCAUGAUGGUCACCUGGUUGUACUUCAUCGCCUGGGGUGUCUCCGAAGGUGGUAACAAGAUCCAGCCAGACUCCGAGGCAGUCUUCUACGGUGUCAUCGACCUGUGCAUGUUCGGUAUCCUGCCAGCAUACUUGUUGUUCGUCACCAACCAGUACGGUGAGUUGCCUUCCUUCGGUGUCAAGUACCCACACUUGGGCCACCACGACGAGGAAAACCAAAACGAGGGCAAGGACUCCGAGCCAAACUCAAUCAGAGCCUCCGGUGAAACCGCCGUCCCAGACAACAGCUCCUCCUAA